AUGUCCGGUCGAGGAAGGAAUAUGACACACGUUCUGCGCGCCAGAAGGCUGCUGACUGAAGAGGGAUGGCUCGAUGACCAUCAGUUGCGUAUUGCUGACGGUGUCAUCGCAGCAAUCGAACCGAUUCCAGCGGGCGUGACUGAACGCGAUGCGGAACUGCUCUGCCCUGCUUACAUCGACACCCAUGUACACGGUGGUGCGGGCGUUGAUGUAAUGGAUGACGCGCCGGAUGUACUCGACAAGCUGGCAAUGCACAAGGCACGCGAAGGUGUCGGCAGUUGGUUACCGACCACCGUAACCGCGCCGCUUAAUACCAUUCAUGCGGCGCUGAAACGUAUUGCUCAACGUUGCCAACGCGGCGGACCUGGUGCGCAAGUGCUGGGGAGUUAUCUCGAAGGCU